AUGAAGGCGUAUGCGAUGAUGAACUCGCCGUUGGGCUCCCCGACGCUCGCCGCCUCAACGGCCAAGUUCAGGAACAGAAUACCCACACAAGUCAAGCGAAGCGUGCCCUUGUACGCCGCCAUUGUCUUCUUCUUCCUCCUCAUCCUCAACUGGGACCUCUUCUACUCACCUGCCACAAUUAUCUGGAAUGGCUACGCGGCACGACCGACGCGCCCGGGCAGCACAUUCCCCCAGAAGAUAUGGCAGACAUGGAAGAUCGAUCCGAUGAGGUUCGGCAUCCGCGACUCCGUCAUCGCCCACACAUGGCUCGAGAAGAACCCCUACUUGCGAUAUGAGGUCAUCACCGACUUCAAUGACCUCACCUGGAUUGAGGAGAAGUUUGGCGCCCGCGGGCUGAACCGCCCAGACAUUAUCCACUUCUACCAGAGCGUCAACCUGCCCAUCAUCAAGGCUGACCUGCUGCGGUACAUGAUUAUGUACGCUGAGGGUGGGGUCUAUGCAGACAUUGACGUCGAGGCCAUGAAGCCCUUCCAUCGCUUCUUCCCCGAGCACUUCGACGAGAACGACUACGAUAUGAUUGUGGGUGUGGAGGUAGACCAGCCCGAGUUCCGCAACCACCCAAUCCUGGGGUCCAAGUCCGAGUCAUUCUGCCAAUGGACAAUAGUCUCCCGUCCUGGGCAGCCAGUGAUGCUCAAAUUGAUUGAGAAUAUCAUGGCCUGGAUGAAGAAGGUUGCGCGAGAGCAAGGAGUUGCCAUCGGAGCUGUCGAGCUUGACUUUGACCAAGUCAUCAGCGGAACGGGCCCCUCUGCCUUCACGCGGGCUUUGCUAGAUGAGAUGAACAGCAAGAGGAAGCGCGGAGAGGGAAAGGUGACUUGGGAUAAUUUCCAUAAUAUGUACGAGUCCAAGGUGGUGGGACGUGUGCUGGUGCUGACAGUAGAGGCCUUCUGCGCUGGUCAGGGGCACUCAGACUCUGGCAACCACGACUCGCGAAACUCGCUGGUCAAGCACCAUUACCACGCGUCAAAUUGGCCAUCAAAGCAUAGGAGAUAUCUGCACCCUGCCUAUGGGCAAGUGGAGGACUGUAAUUGGGAGCCAACUUGUGUGGCGACGUGGGAUAAGAACGUGAAGGAGUUUGACUCGUUGCCGCCGAAGGAAAAGCAGGCGAAGAUUGACGAGUACAAUGAGAAGGUACGGCAAGAACAAGAAGAAUACCAGAGACAACUAUUGGAAGGAUAG